CUUCUUCUUCAAUACCAGAGAGCUCCAUGAACGUUUCAUAAACCUCGCAAAUACCCUAUCGUCUUCAACUGACAGUAGAACAAAAAACGCGCGAAAGCUAUGGUGGGUGUCUCGAGAACGAUCCUCUCCCUUUCUCUCUCCUCAUCAUUCUUCUCCUUCUCCAGAACCCCUCACCUUCUCCCAUCUCUCCGUCUCCCCAAACCCUACCCCAGGUUUUCCCCCGCUUUUCGGCCUCUAUGCGGCGCUGCAGCACCAGCCCCGGAGGAGGUGAAACUCGAAGAGCCAGACCAAUUAAAGCACACGAUCCUGCUUGAGAGAUUGAGGCUCAGGCAUUUGAAGGAAUCCGCGAAACCGCAGCAGAGUAAAAUCUCAUCUACGCGAUCUCCGGCGGGUAUCUACAAUGGAGAAGAUGAUAGCGAGCAGAGCAACAGUAAGAGGAAGAAGAAGAAGAAGGUGGUUGAGAAUUUCGAGGAACUGGGUCUGAGCGAGGAGGUGAUGGGUGCUCUGAGAGAGAUGAACAUUGAGGUUCCGACGGAGAUCCAGUGUAUUGGAAUCCCUGCGGUUCUCGAGCGUAAGAGCGUCGUCUUGGGAUCUCACACUGGCUCCGGCAAGACCCUCGCUUAUUUGUUGCCACUCGUUCAGUUGAUGAGAGAAGAUGAGGCAUCACUGGGUAAAAUAACAAGGCCUAGGCGUCCAAGGACCGUGGUUCUUUGUCCCACGAGAGAACUCUCUGAGCAGGUUUAUCGUGUGGCCAAGUCCAUAAGCCAUCACGCGAGAUUCAGAUCUACAUUGAUCAGCGGUGGUUCUCGACUAAGACCACAGGAGGAUUCUCUGAACAAUGCAAUAGACAUGGUUGUUGGAACUCCUGGUAGGGUUCUUCAGCAUAUCGAAGAUGGAAACAUGGUGUAUGGAGAUAUCCGAUAUCUGGUGCUGGAUGAGGCAGACACAAUGUUUGAUCGUGGCUUCGGUCCUGACAUUCGUAAGUUCCUUGCCCCGCUUAAAAACCGAGCAUCAAAACCGAAUGGCCAAGGAUUUCAGACUGUCCUAGUGACUGCCACAAUGACAAAGGCGGUUCAGAACUUAGUCGAUGAGGAGUUUCAAGGGAUAGAGCAUCUGCGUACAUCUUCGUUGCAUAAAAGGAUAGCAACUGCCCGACAUGAUUUCAUCAAGCUUUCGGGUUCUGAGAAUAAGCUGGAAGCCCUUCUACAGGUCCUUGAACCUAGCUUGGCCCGUGGAAGCAAGGUGAUGGUCUUCUGUAACACUUUGAAUUCCAGUCGUGCAGUUGAUCACUUUCUCGCCGAAAAUCAAAUCUCCACAGUCAAUUACCAUGGCGAGGUUCCAGCCGAACAAAGGGUUGAGAAUUUGAAAAAGUUCAAGAACGAAGAGGGAGACUGUCCAACUCUGGUGUGCACAGAUUUGGCUGCAAGGGGUCUGGACCUGGACGUAGAUCAUGUUGUAAUGUUUGAUUUUCCGUUAAAUUCGAUCGACUACCUUCAUCGUACUGGCAGAACUGCUCGGAUGGGCGCAAAAGGUAAAGUAACGAGUUUGGUGACGAGAAAGGAUGGGUUAUUAGCAGAGAGAAUAGAGGAAGCCAUAAGGAAAAACGAGAGCUUAGAAAUGCUAACGAAAGACAAUGUCAGGAGAGAUGCUGCAAGAACCCGUAUCACUCUCGACAAAGGUAGGAGCGUUAAGGUUGUGAGAGAGGCGAGCAAGCAGCGCCAAGCAAAAGCCAAAGCUGCCACCACGACGGCUGCCAGAAAGCCUUCAUUCUCUAAACCCACUACGAAAGCUUCUUCUUCUUCUACUAUGGCAAAAUCUUCAAAAGGAGGGGCGAGUAAAGCAGUAAAAAUAGCAGAGUCGAGAGCAGCAUUCGCGAGCCGGAAGAAGGAAUCAGCAGAGAGGAGAAGUAGUGGUUCCAAACUUAGUGUUGUCGGAUUCAGGGGCCGUUCAGCAGAGAGGAGAAGUAGUGGUUCCAAACUUAGUGUUGUCGGAUUCAGGGGCCGUUCUUCCUCGUCGAGGGCAUCUCGGUUCUGAGAGGUUGAAACCGUGUUCUUCUUGGCUUUAUGAUCACAAGCCAAUAAGAUGAACCAUUUCAAUGUGUAUUAACGAGACUUUGCUUUUGCGAUCGAUGAUAAUGGUAUAUGUUUUCUUUUUUCUU